GAUCGAGCCCAUGGUCCUCCGCAUCGCCCGCCUUGCCCGGCUCUUGCGGCUCAUCCGCCUUGUUCGUGCUAUCCAGGGCUUCGAUGCGCUUUACAUCUUGACGACAUCUCUGAAGGGCAGCCUGACUGUCGUCUUCUGGUCAUUCAUUCUGAUCUUCGUUGUUCAGAUGGCCAUUGGCUUCAUUCUGAACCAGUAUCUGCUUGGGCAUAUGGAGAAUGAGGAGUUGGACAUGGCAGUGCGGCA